AUCAGCGGCCUACGCUAUCAUUCAACCAUCUUUCUCCCCGUCCUACCUGAGAACAUAUUCUUCGCUUCUGAUCAUCGCCAGUUGGCCGCUUCUUGGUGGAGUUGCCGAGACAAGCUGCGGGCAGCAUUACACUAGUGUCUGGCCAACUCUGGAAAGCUUAAGCUCACCUUUGAGCUUUCCCCAAACACGUUAUUGCUUACAAUACUCUUUGAGUCGCACGAUACACGAUGUUCAAUCGCAAUAAUUACUCGAACCCUUUCGGGUCCAAUCCUCCCCAGAGGGAUGGCUACUCACGACCUCCGCAAGGCUACCCACCUCAGCACGGAGCUCCUGACUCAGGGGGCUACGGAACGCCACCGCCGCGACGACCUGCGCCGGGUGCUCGUCCACCACCGCAAGCACCAAUGGGGGGCAGACCAAGUGAAGGAGGGGUCUGGGCUUUGACGCCCAAGGAAAGUCCGAAUAAAGAAUGUCAAUUCGGAAACCUCGUCGCGCUCUCGGCCCAAGACUUCCCACGCGCCCAAUUCGGUUAUGAAGAUAUAUUGAUCAUUGUCAAUGGCCUCUAUGUGUUCUCCGCACGAAUUCUGGAUGAGUUCCCUCCCGGUUACAUUGGGUUGUCCAGUAUACAACGACCAUGGGCCAGGGCUGGAUUCCGAGACUCCCUCGACGUACGAAUUUACGACCCUUUCCGUCAGGGAGGGGAGGCGUACCUCGGCUCUGCGGAUAUGGAAGUCAAGUUUGCUGGAAAGCUAAGACCCGAUACUCUAUAUGAUCAGGAUGAGCUUCUCAACUCUGUUAUCAAGAACUUCGAAAGCCAAAUAUUUGCGCCGGGGCAGCCGGUACUGAUGGAUCAUCAUGGCGUACCGCUUCAGCUAACGGUCAAGACGAUCCUUCGUGUCAGCCUGACUUCAGAAAAGGAUACCAGUAAAGUGCCGGAGACGGAACCUACAGCCAGGGGCAUCCUUACGAAGCAUACGUUGAUCAAUUUCUUCAAAGAUCCUCAGAGUGAGAUCCAGAUAAAGCCGGCAAAAAACCGGCCUGCAGCAAAUGCCAUCAUUCAACCCGACUUCAACACUGAGAAGAUGGGAAUUGGUGGUCUUGACUCGGAAUUUCACACGAUCUUCCGCCGCGCCUUCGCGUCGCGUAUCUUCCCACCUGAUAUUGUGCAGAAGCUUGGUAUCCAGCACGUGAAGGGUAUUUUGCUCUUCGGGCCGCCAGGAACUGGCAAAACGCUGCUAGCGCGACAGAUCGGGAAGAUGCUGAAUGCUCGAGAGCCAAAGAUUAUCAACGGCCCGGAGCGUGGCAGCGGAGCAGGAGGCGGCACCGGUGUCGGUGACAGCGUUGUCAACCAACUGCUAUCUAAGAUGGAUGGUGUCGACCAGCUCAACAAUAUUCUACUUAUCGGUAUGACCAAUAGGAAGGAUAUGAUUGAUGAUGCUUUGUUGCGACCUGGUCGUCUGGAAGUGCACGUCGAAAUCUCACUGCCUGACGAAGCUGGUCGAGCUCAGAUUCUCGGCAUCCACACCCAGAACAUGAGACAGAGUGAUCUAAUGGAUCCAAGCGUCAAUUUGUCGGAACUAGCGACGUUGACGAAGAACUAUUCGGGUGCUGAGAUUGCUGGCCUCGUGAAGGCUGCUACGUCGUUCGCCUUCAACCGCCACAUUGACUCCGGUAAGACAGUUAGGGUUAAGGACGAUGCCGCGGAAAUGAAGGUCAACCACUCCGAUUUUAUUCAUGCUCUUGAUGAAAUCCAGCCAGCUUUCGGUGUGUCUGAAGAUGAAAUCAAGAGAUGCAUUGAGCAUGGUAUCAUAAAUUAUUCGGACAAGAUCGACAAUGUUCUUCAAGAAGGAGAAGCGCUUGCAAGAGGGCUUGGCCGCCCCGAGCAGACCACUCUAUGGUCCGUUUUGCUCAAUGGGCCGCCUGGGAGUGGUAAGACCGCUCUCGCAGCUCAAAUCGCUCUUGAUUCAGGUGCACCUUUUAUCAAAAUGGUCUGCCCCGAAGAUGUUGCCGGGUAUAAUGAAGCAGCUAAGAUUCAACACAUACUCAGAGUCUUCAAUGAUGCAUACAAGAGUCAAACCAGCGUCGUCGUCGUUGACGAUAUUGAGACACUUAUCGAUUAUGUCUCCGUUGGUCCCCGAUUCAGCAACAGCGUCCUACAGACAUUGAAGGUCUUGUUCAAGAAACGCCCCCCAAAGAACCGAAGACUUCUUAUCUUGGCUACCACAAGUGAGCGAGCACUCAUGAAAGAGCUGAACAUUUAUAACUCGUUCAACUCCGAUAUCGAUAUUCCAAAUGUCACCAGCCAUGAAGAACUGAGACAUGUCAUGGAAAAAUCUGAGGUGUUUGCGAGCGAGCAGGUAGCGGAGGCUUUGGAACGCAUCGAUCCUCUCAAGGGAGAGACACCAUACAGCAUGACUUUUGGUGUUGGGAUCAAGAAGGUCUUCGAUGGGAUCGAGCUUGCGAAGAAGACGCCGGACCAGCUGGUGAAUCAGUUCGUGCGCUUCAUCAACAGUGCAGUACAAGAAGGAGGAUUGACUACUAGAAGGGCAGUUUAGUCGGCGCUUAGAGGUCUCUAAGGGUCAUUAUGAGCUCCAUAUGCUUUGUCUAUGCUAGUUUUUUCCUAUUAGAAGAU